AUGGUCCACCAAGUCAUCGUCCCUCCGCAGCCGGUGAAUGACCGCCGGAGGCGUGGCGUCGGUGAGGUGGCCGGGGGAGGCGCGGCCGAGUGUGCCGCGGUGUGCUGCUGCUUCCCCUGCGUGGUCGUCCACCUCGCCGUGCUUGCAGUCUACAAGGUCCCAAAGGGGCUGGUCCUAAAAGCCGCGCGCAAGAGACGACGUCGUUUGCUGAAGAACAAAAACAAGGAGAACAGCGACAUCGUGGUGUGGCACCCGCGUAGGCCCAGCAGCGUCGACGCCGUGGGUUCCACGCGCCUGGAGGAGUUUCUUAAGCAAUUCCCCGACGAGAUGGACGAGGAAGAAGAGGGGUUGGAGAAGGAGAUGUGGGCCCGGUUCACUGGAACCGGGUUCUGGCGGAGCGAGUCUCAGCGCCAACCCUAA